GCUGAGCUGGGCUAGGAUACACUCUCACCUCAGCAUCUCUCCAAACUGCCACAUCAAUAAGAAGAGCGCUUCUUUUCUCCUUGACUUUGUAACUCCUACUUGCAUUCCCCGCUUUGAACAAAGUUCAUUCCUCCCUCUGCUGCAGCAUCUGAGACGCAGCAUUGACGUUACCUGCGCUGAAGGAGGUCGUCUCCAGCCGUGAGAGCGGCGGAUGGGGCUUUGAAACUUUUUUUUAAUUAUUAUUAUUACUCUACAACAGAGGAUAGUGGGAUACUCGCAGAUCCAAGUUGCUGUGCUGCUGUGGCGCUCAACGGGAGAUUUUGGGCAAAUGCCAUUGCGAUGCUGUGGAUGUGACUUCAAACAACAGUUUCACAACGGUAGAGUCUGGUAAACCACAAUGAAAGACGACUUUGCUGAUGAAGAGGAGGUGCAGUCCUUUGGUUAUAAGAGGUUUGGAAUUCAGGAGGGUACAGAGUGCACCAAGUGUAAAAAUGACUGGGCACUGAGGGCGGCUAUUGCACUCCUCUAUGUACUCUGUGCCCUGCUCACCAUAGCAGUGGCUGUCCUCGGAUACAAAGUGGUCCAGAGGAUGGAUAAUGUUACCGAGGGCAUGCAGAAUUAUGGAGGCAAGAUCAAUGCUGUGGAGACAGAUUUAAAGAAGCUAGAUGAUCAGGCAGGAAAGAAAUCAGUUAACGCCACAAGUGAAAUCAAGACUUUCAAGUCAGAUCUGGAGGAAUUACAGAACCAACUGAAUGACAUUGCCCUCAGGGCAACCAAAAACAGAGACGUCUUAGAUGAGCUCCGGAUCACUGGAGGUGACAUGCAAAAUGGCCACGUGUCCCUGCAGAGUUUUCUGGAAGGCAAUGCUGCCUCACUGCACAGGCUCAACCAGUCCCUGAGCUCCUACAGUGGCAUGAUUGACGAUCUCCAGACGGACACUGCACGGCUCCAGUCAGAGAUACAGGGCCAAGCCAAAGUGCAGAGCCAGACCCAGGUUAGUGUCAGUGCACUAAACAUCACCCAGUCCCAGCAGCGCAAUCUGCUCAGCACGCUGCAGAAGACGGUGGAAGACGCAGGCCAGGCAGUGCAGAAACUGAAGAAUGAUUACCAGGGUCUGCAGCAGACAGCCAGACAGAACCGGGCUGACACAGAGUGGCUAAAGGAAAAGGUCCAGAAUCUCCAGGUUUUGGCUGCCAACAACUCAGCCCUGGCCCGGUCAAAUGGGGAAGUUCUUGAUGACCUUGGGGCUCAGCUCAGCACACUAGUCAGCCAAAUCCAGAACGCCUCAGCCCUUACUGAGGGACAUGACCAGAGCAUGCGUGAGCUGAUGGACCACCAGCGAGACCACGAUAACACCACAUCAUCUAAAUUUGAUGAGAUUGAAGCGCGAUUAGACAGACAUGAGAAUGACAUGGACCGCGUGACUGGAAAUGUGAGCUUUGCCACGCAGCUCCUCGGUGCCAUUAGCUCCGACCUGAAUGGCCUGAGGUCCUGUGCUGAGACAGUGAUUCAGCAUUCAGACCUGUUACUGGGGCUGAAUGGUAGCGUGACAGAUGCCAAGGCGGAGAGCAAAGAACUGCGCACCCAGCAAGAUGAGAUGGCAGCCAGGUUGGACAGAGAGGUCAACAACCUGUCUAUGGUGAUGGAGGAGAUGAAGGUGGUGGACAGCAAACACUCUCAGCUCAUCACCAACUUCACCAUCCUGCAGGGUCCACCGGGUCCAAGGGGCCCCAGGGGUGACAGGGGUCCCCAGGGACCAGUUGGCCAGUCAGGACAAAAGGGUGAUAAAGGAGAUAAAGGGAUGCCAGGAUUGGUGGGACCUAAAGGGGAGAAAGGUGCUGCUGGACCACCAGGUGCAACAGGUCCAAAGGGUGCACCUGGUGCCCGGGGUCUUCCGGGGGCUAAAGGUUCGAGAGGGUCUGGAGGUCGACCUGGAAACCCUGGUGAUAAAGGUGACCCUGGGGCUCCGGGACUUCUUGGUAGGGAUGGACCGCCAGGGAUGCCAGGACCACAAGGGCCACAGGGACCCAGAGGAACAGCAGGACCUGCAGGGUUGGAUGGGCCUCAUGGACCCGUUGGACCCAUCGGCCCGCCCGGUCCUCCAGGGCUACCAGGGCUACCUGCACCUCCUGUAAUUUUAAAGCCAUCUCAGCCCACUCAGGCCCCCGAACCCCCCAAACCACCUGAGCCUCCCAAACCGGCAGAGGUACCACAAGGCACUGUGUCCCGGCAGAUCCAGCCCCCUGUCGCCACAACUCCAUCACCUGGUUGCCCACCUCAGUUCAGAAAGUUUGGAGACAGCUGCUAUUACCUCUCCUCUGGUUCUCAGAGACUCAACUUUGAUGAAGCCAACCUGUUUUGUACUAACAUGUCAUCUCAUAUGCUCAUUAUCAAUGACAAUGAGGAACAGCAAUUUGUGAGAGAUGCAAUUGCAGGAAAAGGUUAUUUCUGGCUGGGCCUUACUGAUAGGGAGGAGGAAAAUGUCUGGAAGUGGGUGGAUGGCACCAUACCCAUUUUCAAGAAGUGGAAGCCUGGCCAGCCUGAUAACUGGACCCAUGGUCAUGAAGACGGCGAGGACUGUGCUGGUCUUAUCCAUAAUGCCAACUGGAAUGAUUUCUACUGCACUGACCGCAUCGGUUUCAUCUGUGAAUGUGCCUCUGACUUAAAAGUUCCAGUUUUAUAGCAUCCAUCUAAGACAGUGUGAGCUGUCUUUGGGAGAAAGGUGUAGCGGCUGAAGUUGAGGUUGAAGAUGCGAGGACAAUGAAGGACAUGAGGAGGAACUCUAGAUGAAUAGAGGCCUCUGAUAAAGCCAACCCAGUUAAGCAACACUGAGACUUGGACUGAUCUUUGUCUUGAAGGCACUUUACAACACAGUAUGGUGCAGAAGACAGAACAAGCACAGAGCCAGCCCACUAUGGUAUUGGUUUAGUAUUUGUACUGAAGGAAUGAGAUGAGAAUGCAGUCAUUGGUUUAGGCUAUACUGAGUCAUUGUUUGGUGCAGCCACUGUUGUACAGGUGUAUCUGUAAAUAAUAUUUUGCAAAAGGUUAAUUGUUGGUUUGGGAUCGACUUUCAUAUCAUUUUUUUUUCUUAACUGCCUUCUCAAUCUUUAGACUCACAAAAAAUCUAUAUCAGAGGAUUAUGUUGUUAAUAUGGUAGAAUUAUUUUUAUACUGUCAAAUAUGUCACAGAUUCAGAACUGUGCUCAGAAAUAAGCUCCCAGAAAAAUGGUGAGCGCACAUUCACCAUCAACAAACGACUGCAAACUCAGACAAUAAAUCGAAAUAAAGCUAGUAUAAAUUUCACCUCUCUGCAAACUGAAAUAUCAAUGUCAUUUUUGUGAUAAAAGAUGUUCAGUGUGAGCAGCGCUGCUGUUUUAUGAAGGAUAGUGUUUUUAGACUUUAGACUGCCAGUAUGAGUUUUAUACACUAUGAGGCAUACAUUAACAAUAUGUAAAUGUUUUGUAAUGUAGCCAUUAUAAGAUGAUUUAUUCAUUAUGCCAAAUACAAUAUGUGAAACAUAUUACAUGUUUAUUAUUUGCAUAAUCAGUUGUUAUUGUUAUAGGAUUGACUUUUGUAAAUUCAUAUUAUGUUUAAGGACUGAGUAGCAGUUUGUAAUCUGGCUCAAGGCUUAUCAGGCCUUAAUUAAAUUCCUGUGGAUCAGGCCAGGACACUUAUCACAAUAAAAUGGGAAAGAAAUUG